CUAUAAAGGUAUUCAAACCUUUCUGGGAUAAAGCUGUUAUUCUUCCUAGUUCAUGCACCAUAUUUGUCAUUUUGCUUUUAAACAUAGAAAUUAAAAGUUGAUUACGACCAAGAAACUAAUUAUAAAAAUCUCACAAUCUUUUAUACUAAUACUUUUUCACAUUGCAAAGAACCAACUGUAGUCAAACAGGUCAAGGCCAAGCAGUCUAAGUACAAUGUUUAUGAAACAUCUUCCACGUUGGGUUUUCCAUAUGUUACAUUGCAGUUUCCUUGUAUUUUAAGUGAUUAAAUAUUUCGUAUGAAUUUAGUGAAGAAUAAUAGUAUCCUUCCUUAUAGUGAAAGAUGUUACUUUGACUAGUUAGUUUCUUAAUUAAUAUUUUCUUUUGUCAAAGAAACUUUCGUAAAUGGAUUUAUAGUAGUACUAUAUUACGUACGUAGCAUAGACACAAAAUAGAAAAAUUAAGAUAAUUGAAAAACGUUGUUUUCAAAAUAUUAUAUUUAAAACUAAUAUAUUUUUGUAAUAUUGAUAUAUAUUACACUGCUAUUACACACACGAAAUACAACAUAUUCGAAUGAGUGAAUAAACAUCAAAUUAUAGUGGUGUAUUUUUCACACAAAUAUAGCUUUGGAAGAUAAAUUUAGUAAAAUCAAGAUGGUUAGAAAAUGACUCUAAACUAUAACCAUAUAGUAUUUUAUAUAAUUUACAUCGGUUCGUACAUAUUUCACAUAAAAUGUCAUGUUGGAAGACAAAAGAGAAAAAAAUGAUCAUAAAAUUCAAAAAUAUGGAAUCACAGUUUCACAGAAGAAUGCGAUUUUAAGACGGAGAGUAGAAUCACAUACCUAAAGAGACGACCAUAAUUUUUUUAUAUAUGAAUUCAAAGACUGAUUAAAUUUUACCCUUGAAGAUUUUAUACCAUAAUAGUUGAAGAACACUAAGACUAUUUUCUCAAUAAAUAGCGUCCUCACUUCUCCGAAUAUAGCACAAAGAGAUAAAGAUCACUUCUGAAUCCUUAAAAAAAUUAAAGAAAAAGAUUUUGUUAUGUCUUCUUCAACCUCUUCCACACCGCAACCGGUUGUCAUCCAGGCCAUGGAGGAGUUCAAGGAGAUAGCAGCAGAGAGCAACAAUCUGAUACUAGGGUCCCCACAGGAGGCUAUGUCCAGAAGUGAGAACCCUAGUUUCAGAUCCGAUCCUGUCCGAACAGGAAGUGAGAUCAUGAAGUUCUACCCAUCAAAAUCAAAUAAGAUCUACAUUUGUCACUUCUGCAACAAACGGUUCUCAACCUCUCAAGCCCUAGGUGGCCACCAGAACGCACACAAACAGGAGCGAGACUGGGACAAGAAGCGUAAGGAGAUGGAAGCAAACUUUCCAGGACUCUCCUUUUUGAGCCCUUACCUAGACAAGCCUCACUUGCUCUUAGGUGGGUAUUCACAAGAUGCUUUAUCGAAUGAUAAUCAUCUUGGGAUCACUCUUGAACCUGUACUCAAACGUACAAGAACAGGAUUGUACCCAUCGUUCGGUGGUGGUCUCACCAACGUGGCCAUAGUUCCUCGCAUGACUCCUACCCGCUUCUUCACUGGGACCACUUGUACCAAUGGUUCUUCUUCAAUGGGGCUUGCACCAAGACCCUCUUACAACAACAAUCCCCCGAUGAUUCCUAGAAACAUUCCUCCUUUUCCACCUCCUCCUCGAGCCACCAAUCUCUCUAGCGUUUGCUAUUCUCAAAAGAAUGUAUUGAGCGAAGAGAAUCUCAUCUCAAAGGUAGGGAAUGACAAGAUCGUCGAGAUUGAUGAUGAUGAUAAUGAUCAGCCAGAAAAAGGGACAUCUAAAAGCUGGGGCAUUGAUUUAUCUCUAUCCCUUUGAGUAAUAUUGUAUGUGUGUUUAUUUGGUUUUCAUUUUUGAGGUAUCAUAGCUAUUAGAGACCUCUCUCCAUACACCUCAUCUCUGUCUAUGAAUAUUGUUGUUCUCCUUUUUAUUGUAUUUCAGUUUAAAUGUUCCUUUGUCUGUAUCAUCUCUCCAUCUAUUGACAUCUCAUUGUGUCUUGGUUGUUUUUUUUAAUCUCUGAUUUUCUUUUUUUUUAUUGUUGUGAUUUAUAUAGCGUGAGUCUUAAAAAAAUUUAGAUAAUUUAUAUAUCUCGUAUAGGUGGGGACACUGAUUAAAAAAACUAGUUAUUCAAAUAUAUUUUCUUGUGCAAGUUAGUCAAGCUAUUAGUAAUAGCGUUGAAUAUAUUAAGGAAGGGAACGCAUGAAGAAAUAUGAGAAUAGAGUUCUUUUUUUUAUCUAUAAUAAUAUAUGUUCAUUGUUUCACGUAAGAUGAGUUUAUUCGAGAUUCAGGAUGGAUGUAUAUUACAAUGUACGCACCAUAGCGUUAUUUAUAAAGAAAACCUUCGCUAAUCGCUAAUCGCUACUAAAACAAAACGAGAUGCAUCAAAUCAAAUGUAUUAUAUUAGAGCAAUGUCCAAGAAUAGACUUGCAUUUACGAUGGAGCGUUUUGUAUAUCUUUAAAAAGUAAGUUGAAGAGACCGUGUUGACUCAAAUUUCUCAAAAGUAGAUUUUUUAUGCUAACCAGAAAAAUACGUGCGAAAAACUAUUAGAAACAACUUAUAUUUCAUACCCCUAAAGCCAAUCGAAUAUUAUGAACCAAUGCGUUACUCCAUGAUUUGAAAAGUAACUUUGCAAACCGAACUUCUGGUUUGAUUUUGCAGAUGUUUCCUCCUAAGUAUAAAUGGACAAAAAUCCCAAGGAUGAUCAAUAGUAAAGCCAUGUUCAGCGAACAAACGCUGCGGCAAGCGACGGCAAUAAAAAUAUACAAAACGUAGCUAUAGGAUGUUUAUGUCUCAAUUCAACAUGAACUGAAGUCUCAAGAUAUGAUAUGAUAUUGUUGUAUAUUAUUACAUGAGAACGCACCUUAUAUAUGUCGUUAUGAAAAGAAAAUGGCAUGCAUCAAAUGAGUUCAUAUUCCAUCAACAAAUCGUAGCUUUGAUUGAUAAGUGAGUACUUGAGACUAUAAACUUUUUUUUAAUGAAAUGUUAAAUUUUAUUAAUCACCAAGAAAGAUUAUAGGUACAAGGUUUAAUCAUUUUGUAAAGAAUAAUGAAAAAAACAAUCCCAAAAAUUUGUCAAAAGAGCAAUCAAUAUGUCACGUACGGUGUCCUUAUAACCAACGACGCAUCAAUCCUUUCAAAUUUGGCUUAUGCCUCCGUUUAUUCCUCUCUCCCAAUAUGUAGUAAUAGUUACCUGAAAUGCAAGGUGGAUGAGAAUAUAGGAGAGUACAUCAUAGGUACCAAAAAUUAGCAUGGACGCCGUAAUAUUCCAAUCUGAGUUUGGCUCGCGGGCCAAUAGGUUUCCCACCACUACUAUCUAUUAAGUGAAAGUAUAAGGACAAGCAAAAAAGAAAUGAUCUCUAUUUUCAUCUAGCUUCCCACAAAAUAAACAACCUUUGACCAGACUAUAACUACGCAUCCAGCGUCCAGUAGACAGUCUAUCCUUGAUUGCCAGCUAAGCGACAAAAGCAAACUGUAGAACACCAUGAGAGAACCAAAUAAUUUUACUCCAUUGCUUUUUCUCCUGGCAAUGCCUUAGUUGGUUCCAAAUUUCAGUGGUCUUGAAAUGAUCACGAUAAUCAUCCUCACCUCUUUUCAUUAAUACACCAUCAUUACCAUUCGUUACCAAAGUCACCAAAAACUGCUAAGUCUCAUGUACAAGAUGUUGAAUGUGGCGGUCACCAGUUCUGAAACCUCCAUUCAUUCCUGACAAUAACAUCACG